UUUACUCAAUCGUAAUUUGAUUAAUCAGUAAUUUAAUAACGAGUUCUAUUAAAUAUUGAUCAUAAUGUGUUAUUUCUUCGUACCUUUACUGUAAGGUCUCUCCUUCCAAUUGAAUUUUUCUUUUGUCCGUACAAAUGGAGAAGUUCAUAAUAUUAGGAGUUAUGAGACCUCUCUUUUACUGUUGCACCAGCCUCGUCAAACUUUUGCGGGAUUGUUACCAAAAAGCAUCUGUGUUUUCAGAUCCAACAAUUUUUCUGCUUAAGUUAAUCCUAGAGUCAACUCCACCAGAAAUGGAGGGCAAAAGUUCGGAUAGCCUUAUUUUGUGUAUCAGUUCUCAAUUUAGUGAACUUAUAAACAACAAUGUCAGUAGCAUACCAUUAUUAUAAAAAUUAGCUUCCGUUUUCUUUUCUCUGUAUUUAGUGUUAGCAAACCACUUUCUUUUCUUUUUUUCCUUUUUUAAGUGUAAACAUGAAGAUCUUUGUAUUGAGCUCCCUGUGCUUCUGCUAUAUCAUCAGUCUUUCUCUUUACAGGUCUUUUUCCCCUCUUAUUACGUGAGAACAUUCGAAGAGAGCCUGUUUAAUAUUCAUUAAAUUGUUUUAAUUUAUUGAUGAUUAUCAGUAAAAUAAAACAUAUAAAUAGAUUUGACGUAGAAUGGAGAAAUUUGCCAAUAAUUAAUUUAUAUAUUUAUACACAAUCUCUGAUACCAAUGUUCCAGCAAAAAUGUUGUGUUUUGGCAUUCAGGGUAUCAUCUCUAGAAGCACAACAAGCUUCUUUACCGCCAAGGGGUUGGAACUCUUAUGAUGCCUUUAUCUGGACCAUAUCAGAGCAAGAGUUUUUGGAAACUGCUGAUAUUGUUUCUAAGCUUCUAAAACCUCAUGGAUACGAGUACGUUGUGUUGGAUUAUCUCUGGUAUAGAAAGAAUGUCCCAGGUGCCAAUGUGGAUUCUCUUGGAUUUGAUUUGAUUGAUGAGUGGGGAAGGAUGGUUCCAGAUCCGGAUAGAUGGCCUUCAUCCACAGGGGGAAAAGGGCUCACUGAAGUAGCCAAGAAAGUGCAUGAUAUGGGUUUAAAAUUUGGGAUCCAUAUCAUGAAAGGAUUAAGCACACAAGCAUACACUGCAAACACCCCAAUCUUGGAUGUUGACAAGGGAAGUGCUUUUGUGGAUCAAUCAGGCAAACUUUGGCGAGCACAAGAUAUAGGAUUCCAGGACAGGACUUGUAAAUGGAUGCCACAUGGGUUUAUGAGUAUAAAUGCCACUUCAGAUGCUGGAAAAGCUUUCUUGAAGUCACUGUAUAAAGAUUAUAUUGACUGGGGUGUUGAUUUUAUAAAACUUGACUGUGUAUUUGGUGAUGACUUUGACAAAGAUGAGAUAGUCUAUGUUUCAGAACUUCUUAACGAGGUCAAUCGCCCACUGGUUUUUUCUUUGUCUCCUGGAGCCAAUGCUACAACAGCAAUGGCCACAGAAAUAAGUGAAGUAGUAAACAUGUACCGGAUUACUGGCGAUGACUGGGAUGAUUGGGAAGACCUUGUAUCCCAUUUUGAUAUUUCAAGGGAUUUCUCUGCUGCUAAUUUGAUUGGUAGCAAGGGCUUGCGGGGGAUGUCAUGGCCUGACAUGGAUAUGCUACCACUGGGGUGGCUUUCUGAACCAGCUACGAAUGAAGGUCCGCACAGAGCUUGUAGACUUACUUUCGAUGAGCAAAAAACUCAGCUAACUUUGUGGGCUAUGGCCAAGUCUCCUCUCAUGUUUGGAGGUGAUGUAAGGAAACUUGAUGAUAUUACAUAUGGUCUGAUUACAAAUCCUACUGUGCUGGAGAUAAACCAUUAUAGCUCAAACAAUAAGGAGUUUACUGAUAUUCUUGGACUACCAAUAAGUACCACUACUAACAAUGAUAGUACCAAUACUACUGCAAGCAAUAUUGCCACCGCACCGAAAGCAAAACCUAUUUUCCAUCUCAUCAGUUGCCAGGAACCCAAAGCACAGGGUUGGACCACUACAACUGAUCAGAGUCAAGGAAAAAUUUGCUGGAAAGGGAACUCAGGAAGCAACUUCAAAGAAGAUAUAUGCCUAUAUCCGAGGAGAUUACCUUUAACUGCUAUGAAUAACGAGCAAAUCUCUGCACAACAUUAUCAGUUAUCAGCAUUUAAUUCAUUAGCAAGUGAAGGGAUUGGAGUCUGCUUGGAUGCUCGUCCAAAGCGACAUCGUGCAUCAAAAUUAUCUGGAAAAAAUUCAUUAUCCAAGUGCAGAGAAGAUGCCCUCCAGAUGUGGGAGUUGAAUUCUAGUGGUGCCCUCGUAAACAAGUAUUCUGGUCAUUGUGCAGCAGUGAAUUUAGUUGAAGCUGAAGGAGUUGCUGAUGGAAUUCAUUCUAGGAUUGCAACUGGAAGAAAAGGAGAAAUAUAUGUGGCAUUUUUCAACCUGAAUUCUGAUAGGACGGCAAUAUCUACCAAAAUUUCAGACCUGGCAAAGGCACUUCCAGGGAAAAUCUUGAAUACAGGUUUAUGCCGGGGCCAAGAAGUUUGGAGUGGAAAAGACUUCGGGGUAUUGAAAGAUUCAAUGUUGAUAGAAGUAGAGGCGCACGGAACUGCACUAUUGGUUCUGAAUUGUUGAGGGGAAUCACAACACUAGAGUUAUCAGCCACUGAUUCACACCGCCAUCUCAAUGAUAUUUGAGGCUUUAGGUGAAGAUUUUAUAGGAAUCUUUCUUCUUUGUUUUAAAAGAAAUAAUUAUUUUUACAUUUUUUCUUAGAAAACAUUCAGAUUAAAAAUUAAUUCCUGGAAAUUUGAAUGAAACUCUUUUAGUGACUAUAAAAAAUCUCAUUGAUCUGUUUUGUAAAACUACUAGAACAACAACUAUGAGAAUUUAUUAUCAGCU